AUGAGCCAAAAAUUGACUGGCGCCGCGGUCGCCGAGCACAACUCCAAGGACUCGUGCUGGGUGAUUGUCCACGGGAAAGCCUACGAUGUCACUGAGUUCCUGCCUGAACACCCUGGCGGCCAAAAGAUCAUCCUCAAGUACGCCGGCAAAGAUGCGACCGAGGAAUUCGACCCCAUUCACCCUCCGGACACCCUCGACAAGUACCUCGACAAGUCCAAGCACCUCGGCGAGGUUGACAUGAGCACCGUGGAGCAAGAAGAGAAGGAGUUCGACCCCGAGGAGGCCGGUCGUUUGGAGCGCGUUAAGCGGAUGCCCCCGCUCGCCGCAUGCUACAACCUCAUGGACUUUGAGACCGUUGCCCGGCAAGUCAUGAAGAAGACCGCAUGGGCCUACUACUCCAGCGGCGCAGAUGACGAGAUCACCUUGCGCGAAAACCACCACGCCUUUCACAAAAUCUGGUUCCGCCCCCGCGUCCUCGUCGACGUAGAACACGUCGACAUGUCCAGUACCAUGCUCGGCACCCCCUGCUCCAUCCCCUUCUACGUAACCGCCACCGCACUGGGCAAGCUCGGCCACCCAGAGGGUGAAGUUGUUCUCACCAAGGCCGCGCACCAGCACAACGUCAUCCAGAUGAUCCCCACCCUCGCCUCAUGCUCCUUCGACGAGAUCGUCGACGCCAAGCAAGGCGACCAGGUACAAUGGCUCCAGCUGUACGUCAACAAGGACCGCGAGAUCACCCGUAAGAUCGUCCAACACGCCGAAGCCCGCGGGUGCAAGGGUCUUUUCAUCACAGUAGAUGCGCCGCAAUUAGGUCGUCGUGAGAAGGACAUGCGCUCGAAGUUCAGUGAUGCCGGGUCGAACGUACAAUCUGGUGUUGACGGAAUCGAUCGUUCGCAGGGCGCUGCCCGCGCUAUCUCAUCAUUCAUUGAUCCCGCGCUGAGCUGGAAGGAUAUCCCCUGGUUCAAGAGUAUCACGAAGAUGCCCAUCGUGCUGAAGGGUGUACAGUGCGUGGAAGAUGUUUUGCGCGCCGUCGAAGCCGGCGUUGAGGGCGUCGUCCUCUCCAACCACGGCGGUCGUCAACUCGAGACUGCCCGCUCUGGUAUCGAGGUUCUGGCCGAGGUUAUGCCUGCCCUGCGCGAGCGUGGUUGGGACAAGCGUAUCGAGGUCUACGUCGACGGUGGUAUCCGCCGUUCCACGGAUAUCCUAAAGGCGCUGUGCCUAGGCGCAAAGGGUGUCGGUAUCGGUCGUCCGUUCUUGUACGCUAUGUCCGCGUAUGGCGUGGACGGUGUCAACCGCGCUAUGCAGUUACUCAAGGACGAGAUGGAGAUGAAUAUGCGUCUGAUCGGCGCCACGCGCGUCGAGGACUUGAACCCCAGCUUCUUGGAUACGCGGGGUCUGCUGGGUGGACAUGCUGGUACUAUCCCGUCGGAUACCCUCGGCCUGGGUGCGUACGACCCGCUCCAGGCGCCGCGAUUCAACGAGAAGGCCAAGCUUUAG